CAGAACUAUAGAUAAGAGAAACAAUCCAAAGAAUUAUUUUUUAAAUGUGGGUUAAGAAGCAUUAAAAUAAUAUAAAAAUAUAAAAAAUACUGAACGAAUAGGGUGGCUUGGAAAAACAAGAAACAUAUUUUAAGUAAAUCCAAGUUAUAAAAACUUCUAAAAAUGAAAUUUAGGGCCAUUAAAAUUAAAACCUCAUUGGGCAUGAUAAAUGGUAGAUUACAUACAACUACAGAGAAACUGAAUGAACUGGAAAAUAGAUUAGUAACAAUUAUAGGAAAUAAAUGACACAAAUAUAAAGAGCAAGUGGAAUUGGUGUCUUCUAUAAAGAUUGAAAUCAUGGAAGGUCCAGAAACUGAUGCCUCAUUCCAUUUCAGUGGCAUCGAAAAAUAUUUCAACUCUUACACUCUUACAGGUAGAAUGAAUUGUGUACUGGCCACAUUUCGAGGCAUCGCUUUGAUGGUCUUAUACUUCAAGGUGAAGUAUAAAAAUACACCAGCUAUGAACGGAACAUUAACAGAUUUUAAGCUGUACCUCAUCUGUGAAGUUCCCAUGCCUGGAGAAGCUAAUGCCAACUCAUCAUGUAAUGCUCAAUUAGUACGAUAA